AUGGCAACCAUGUUCAAGUUCCGCGGCCUGCUGGACGACCUGAUCCACCUGCUCAAGUCGCAGCGCUUGUUUUUCUACAUGAACAUUCUGCAGCUGCUGCAGGAAGCCCGUGUGGCUGGCAUGAUUGGCGAGGUCGACCAGACAGAAGAGGUUUGCAUCCGUAUCAUCCGAGACACCCGCACUGGGCACGAGAUCCACGAUUAUCUCGGCCACCUCUACACGCCCUUUCUCCAAAUACUCGAGCGUUACGAAAUAUGCCUUAAGCGCAUCGCAGCAACUCUGGGACACCUCCGUCCGGCAAAUUCGCCCGACAUCAUCCAAGCAAACUCCGACCUCAAUAUGACCCUGUCGAUCAAAGGCCGCCUCGAGUUCACCAUCAAGCACAAGCACCUACUAGCUAUUCUCGACGAGCUUCGGACUGAGCGUCUAUUCUUGAAAACCAUCAUCAAGGGCAUGAAGACACAGAGGCUCUUCGAAACUCGACAUCCAUUUUAUGCUUCACGGGCACUAUCUAACAUUUUUGAAGACGUCCACACGUCAGCGCAGAGAGCGAAAAACGACGUCAUCUUCAAUCGCUUUCUGUUCGUUGACAAUGGUGUUUUUCAGGAAACCACCAUCGAUGCCACGGCAAACGGAUGGCCAACCGGCAAUGACUCGGAGCUAUUUUUGGCUCCAACGACGACCGACAUAGACAGCGGGCUACCACAAGGAAGAAUAGCGCAAGACGAGGACGUCAGGAUGACGCCGAAACAACAGGCCCUUCUGGCCUUGGAUGUCGCCUCUUCGGUUCUCCAGCUCCAGCAGACCCUGUGGUGCUCCAUUCCGUGGAACAGCACGGCCAUCAAGUUUUUCCUGCAAAAGGAGAGAGACUGCAGCUCACCAGAUCUCGACGUGAAGGAGACUCUGCUCGAGCUGGCCAUCCUGCUACUCGAGAUCUGGCACCAUGUUCCUCUCGAAGCGUGGGCGCAGAGGAAAGGCUUGGAAGUCGGCUCGUCUCUCGAGUAG